UACAGUGCAAGAACACAACUUCAUGAAAAUUCAAAAGAAUUAGAUGUACAAGCAUUGUAUUUCAUGAAACAGGGAAUGGCCCAUGGCCGCAUGCCAAUAGCUGAUGGUUAUGUGGAUAAGCAAACACUUGCAGCAACUGCUAAAUCAAAUCGUUUUCGCUCAAGCAACACAGCUGCUUAUCAAGUUGUAGUACAUGAAAAUGAGGAAUUGAAAGAGAGGAAUGAUGCACUGAAUGAAACAAAUAAGAAGUUGAAUGAGAAUAAUGAGAUUCUCAUUGAGGAAAAUAGUGUUAAUCGUGAGAUGAUGCUGAGACUUUUUGAGGAUCUUAAGAAGUCUCCACCUGUUGAUCUGAUGAACCAUCUAGCAAAUAUCGACGCCCGUCGUCAUCAGGUUUCUGGACUAUCACAUGUCAGCACUAAUCCACUUGAAAUACUUGCUAGUGGUGAUAUCGUGGACACUGAUGUCGAUGAUGAUGACUACUAUGGUGAGAUGAAUGACAGCAACAGCUAUGACGGUGGCAACCAUAGCUAUGAUGAAGAUGAUGGUAGGGAUGACAUUAGUUGCAGCGAUAUGAAUAGUGGUUAUGGAGAGGACAACAUCAAUGAAGAGGAUGACAGUGAUGAUAACGAGGACGAUAUUGAUGAUAAUUGAUGCACUGGAUGGGAGUAAAAUCUGAACAUGGUACCAUCGUACUUUUGAGCUCUUUUGAUCCAAAGUAAUGGAUGCUAGGCUUAUUUUACUAACCUAGGCUUAUUUUGCUAACCAGCGACCCUAGGUUGAAACAAAACCUUUUGGUGUUGUACUCGUUGACCUUGAGCUAUGUGUUGGCUGCUCGAACUUGUGUUAGAUGGCUAUGACUUUAGGGUGCUGGAGACAUUGUAAUAUGUUUGGAGUGCAAGUGUUGGACACUUUGUGAUUGGUUGGACUGAAAUUAAUCGAAUGUAUGCAUGUAUUGAAAUC